AUGGCCAGCCAGUAUACGCCUGAAACCCUUCAGAAAAUCUCCGAAUUGUUGACCAAGAAUCCGGAGUACUACACGGUGUGGAAUUAUCGACGCCAGGUUCUGCGACACGAAUUCACACAAGCUGCAUCAAGUGACUCGGCUGAAGCUGCAGCGGAUAGGAUAACUACUUUAAUCAAGAAUGACCUGCUGUUCCUGAUGCCGCUACUGCGCAGCUUUCCCAAGUGCUACUGGAUAUGGAACUAUCGUUUAUGGCUUCUAGAUGAAGCUAAACGUCUGCUGCCGCUCUCCAUCUCCCGGAGAAUCUGGGAAGAAGAGCUAGCGCUUGUGGGCAAAAUGCUUCGCCUAGACAGCAGAAACUUCCAUGGCUGGGGCUACCGACGAGUUGUUGUGGACACGUUAGAGACACUAACGUCCGAAGAACAGGGGGAAAGUAUGGCGCAAGCAGAGUUCGAGUAUGCGAAAAAGAUGAUCGGGACCAAUCUCUCUAACUUUUCCGCGUGGCAUUAUCGGACGAAGCUUAUCCAGCGAUUGCUAAAUGAGAAAUCAGCCACUGAUGCGGAACGAAGAAAGAUGCUCAAUGACGGGCAGACGAUGGCACCAAACCUCAGUCAGUCGGAGCGGCUGGACUAUGUCCGCCAAGAGAUCGAGGAGAUUCAGGAUAUGCUGGAUGGGGCAGAGGAUUGUAAGUAUAUCUACCAGGCAUUAAUCGACUGUACCUUGUUGGCAUCGAAGAUACAAGGGACCAUGUCUAGUGACGACCAACAAAAGGUUUUGAGCUGGAUCUCGGAACUGAAGAAAAUGGACCCGCUUAGACGUGGACGGUGGUUGGAUUUUGAGCGAUCACUCUGUGCUUAA